AUGGCUGGAGGUUACAUAGCACAAGGCUCUGGAAAAGAAUAUCCAGGAAAAUUCACCAUUAGGGUGUUCAUCAUUUGCAUGACUGCAGCAUGUGGAGGCUUAAUCUUUGGUUAUGAUCUUGGCAUUUCAGGUGGAGUUACGGCAAUGGAUCCAUUCUUAAUGAAGUUCUUUCCAGAUGUUUAUGCUAAGCAGCUAAACAUUAAGCCUGCAGAUAAUCAAUACUGCAAAUUCGACAGUCAGACACUAACUCUGUUUACAUCCUCUUUGUAUUUGGCCGCUCUUGUGGCUUCUCUUGGAGCAUCCACUGUAACUAGAAUCUUUGGAAGACGUCUUACCAUGCUCUCUGGUGGUGUUCUUUUUCUCGCCGGAGCUGCCAUGAAUGGAUUCGCUGAAAAAGUGUGGAUGCUUUAUGUUGGCCGCAUGUUGCUUGGUUUUGGAAUAGGAUGUGCUAACCAGUCCGUGCCAAUCUAUAUGUCUGAAGUUGCUCCCUACAAGUAUAGAGGAGCUCUUAACAUGAUGUUCCAAUUGGCAAUAACUAUAGGCAUUUUUGUGGCCAACAUCCUCAAUUAUUUUUUUGCAAAGAUGAAGAACGGGGAAGGAUGGCGAUACAGUUUGGGAUGUGCUGGAGUUCCCGCGAUAAUGAUCAUUAUUGGUGCAAUCUUUCUUCCCGAUUCGCCAAGUUCAUUGAUUGAAAGAGGUCUAGAUGACAAAGCUAAAAAGGAGUUGAUUAAGAUUCGGGGAACUUCAGAUGUUGAUGAUGAGUUUAACGAUUUACUUGCAGCAAGUCAAGCCUCUAAAGCCAUCAAACACCCUUGGUCUAUUUUGUUGACGAGGCAGUAUAGGCCUCAGCUUACCAUGGCCACAGCUAUUCCAUUCUUCCAGCAACUCACUGGCAUGAAUGUCAUCACAUUUUAUGCUCCGGUUUUGUUUAAAACUAUCGGAUUUGGUGCUAAUGCUUCCCUUAUGUCAGCCAUGAUCACCGGAGGCUGCAAUGCAUUAGCAACGUUUGCUUCAAUUGCCACUGUUGAUAAGUUUGGGAGACGUACUCUAUUCUUAGAAGGAGGAGCUCAAAUGUUUAUUUGUCAGAUCAUUGUAGCCGUGGCCAUUGCAUCUAAAUUUGGAGUUGAUGGGAAUCCUGGUGAGCUGCCAAAGUGGUAUGCAUUGCUUGUUGUGAUAGGCAUAUGCGUGUAUGUGAUGGGUUUUGCAUGGUCUUGGGGUCCUCUUGGAUGGUUGGUGCCAAGUGAAAUUUUCCCACUUGAGGUGCGAUCAGCAGCUCAAAGUGUCAAUGUUUCUGUUAACAUGAUUUUCACAUUUGCCAUUGCUCAAGUUUUCACCGCCAUGUUGUGCCACAUGAAGUUUGGACUAUUCAUCUUCUUUGCAUUUUUUGUUGUGGUUAUGAGCUUGUUUAUUUACAAGUUUUUGCCGGAGACCAAAGGUGUUCCAAUUGAAGAAAUGUCUAAAGUGUGGCAAAAUCAUUCUUAUUGGAAGAAGUUUGUGAAACCGACAGACGACCAUAACAGUGGCGGUGGACAAGCCUAG